CACCUUCAAAUUCUUAUAGGUACUUAAAAUUAUGUAGUUAUGCUGCAACAAUAUUUCUUUCCAAUGCUCAUACUUGUAAUGAAAUCCGCGUACAACGUGGGCAGGGUAGCAGAUUCGGAGUUACCUCCAUGGACGUGGGAGUGCGAAAGUGAAAAAUGCAUUCCUACGCGAUCAUCAAGGACUGAUAAAAUGCAAUCGUUGGCUACAUGUAACAUGCUAUGUGGAAAUAAUCAGUUAUGGCCACAUCCAACAGGACACGUUUCAAUAUCUGCAACAGGGAUCCCAGUUCGCGCCGAAUUAGUUCAACUACGCGUUAUAAAAUCUCCAUCACGAUUAGUCUACGACCACAUCAAAGAGGCCUUCAGUUUAUUCCGAGAAAACUUUAUAAACUUGGAAAAAAAUGCACACGGUUUCGCGGAAUGGCGUGCUGUUAGUUUGCAAAUUUCAGUGAAUGGCAGUAUGGACCCUCGGCUGAGAGUUGAUACAGACGAAAGCUACGAAUUAGCAAUAGAACCGAGAUAUGGACCUAAUGGUCCCUUAGAGAUUAGGAUCAUUGCAAAGUCUUUCUGCGGUGCUCGACAUGGCUUAGAAACAUUAUCACAAUUGAUAUGGUUGGACCCUUAUUUUUCUUCCCUAUUCAUUGUUGAAUCUGCGACUAUAGUUGACGAACCUCGUUUUAAGUAUCGUGGAAUAAUGCUAGAUACUGCAAGAAAUUUUUUCCCUCUAAAUGACAUAUUGAGAACGAUGGACGCAAUGGCAGCUUCGAAGCUAAAUACAUUUCAUUGGCGCGUGAGUGACUCGCAAUCUUUUUCUUUGAAGUUAAAGAGUGUUCCUCAGUUGGCAUUUUUUGGAGCGUAUGGCCCGGGUGCGUCGUAUUCUCUUGAUGAUGUAGAUAUUAUAGUUCAAUACGCUCGACUGAGAGGGAUUCGUGUGAUCAUAGAAGUGGAUACUCCAGCCCACGUUGGCAACGCAUGGAAAUGGUAUAUACCCAAAAACAUGGGCGAUAAUAUAAUCCUGUGUCUUAAUGAGGACCUGUGGGAUCAAUAUUGCAAUGCACCACAAUGUGGCCAGUUAAAUCCACGGAAUUCUCAUGUUUAUGAUUAUCUGCAAGAAAUCUAUGCAGAAAUUAUUGCUCUUACAGGUGUCGAUGAUGUGUUCCAUAUAGGAGGUGAUGACAUUUCUGAGCGUUGUUGGACGAAGCACUUUAAAAACACCGACCCCGCAGUACUGUGGCUUGAAUUCACUAAAAACGUGCUAAGUCGGUUAGAAAUUGCAAAUGGCAAAUUACCAAAUACUACGAUAAUAUGGUCGUCUACCUUAAGCGACGACAUUAAAACGAUUCUAAAAGACUAUGAGGAGUCUCUAGCUUUACAGAUACGUUCUUCACACUGGAUUAAUAAAUAUGUUAGAGGUAUGAGAACGAUAAUAUCUCAUGAAGAACCGUGGAAUUUUAACAGUGGAAUGGAGGAGUGGGAUGAUGAAACAAGAAAUGAGCCAUAUAAUUCUUGGCAACAGGUAUAUGAACAUAGACCUUGGGCUCAUGGUGUUGAUGUGCCACCUGUUAUAGGCGGUGAGGCCAUUGUUUGGUCUACUAUGUUGAGUUCUGGAGGGUUGGAUUCUCGUAUAUGGCCUCGAGCAUCAGCGCUAGCAGAACGGUUAUGGUCAGAUAUUCCACAUGGUGCUACGCGAGUUGUUUACAUACGACUUGAUAUUCACCGAUCUCGAUUGCUCGCUAGAGGAAUACACGCAGCUCCCUUAUGGUCUAUGUGGUGCAGUCAGAAUCCCUAUACCUGCGGUUAAAUAAGAUUUAACACAAUGUUAAAUAACAAGGUACCGCUCUAGCACCGUGGCGAUAGCGAUAACACAAAUCGACAAUGUCACAAUAUGAAAAUCAUUGGGAAGCAGUAGUGACCUAAUUCAUAACUCCGCGACGCUUCCACUUAAGUUGUGCUUCGAAACUAUAGUUUCGAGUGAAAGUGUUACUUUUUUUAUGUUUUUACAUUUACAUUUAUUGUACGCACUAAAUUAGGAUGUAUUGUACGUUAUUUGACAUAAUAUGACUUUACUUUCGUUAGUGAUUAUUGUAUUUUUGUUUUUAAUUAUUACGUGAACAUCCGUAACUUACAACGUAUCCUGAUAUAGUUUUCGAACGUCAGUAUGUUCGGCGUUCUCCAGGUACAGUCGGCUACAUAACUGGUAAAACUGUUUUGUAUGCAUAUUAUCUCUCACCUCUUUUAUUGGUCUCCUUAGGGU